GCUGACGGCAGCGACGGCGUUGGACACCGAGCCAAGCUGAGGCCCUCGUACGCGCGCGUAUGCGCAUAUGUGGCGAGGGCCAUUGAGAUGCAUAAAUCCGGUUGGGCAGAGGCUCUAUACUGCAACUUUUUUGUUAACCGCAUAAUUAGGAGGGUAAUCGUACGUCUAUAAAUAGAUGCGCAUAUGUGGCGAGAGCCUAAGAAAAAUUGGCCAGUGGCACGUAGGCACGUUUCAGCCUAUACAUUCAUAGCCAGCUCGCUAACCACGAGUGUACGGACUAAAGUGAAGUGCACCGUUGACCACUUUCCUAACGCAGACUGUAGCCUGUACGAGUCUGGAAGCGAGAGUCCGCGAGUUCAGGCGAGGGCAAUGGUUGGCUUGAAAAUCUGCUCUGAAAAUUUCUGCAAAGUUAUUCAUCUUUAAAGAUUUCACAGGGUUUACUCCAUCAAGUUAUUCAUUUUUGCCGCCAUCCAAGAUUAUGGUUAUGGUAUAAGUCAAGUUGUAAUGUGACAGCAGAUAAAGCCAUUCAAAUAGAAGAAAAAGAUAGCCUGCAUGUUAUGUGCGUCGUUCGAUUAGCGGCACAAUAUGCACGAGGAAUAUAUGGCAAAACAUUCAUUUACUUUUUCAUUUUCGACGCCGAUCUCAAAUUAAUACAAUUAGCAGUUAUCAAUUCUUAGAGUAUUACAUUAUUUUUGUUUCUCUUAUUUAUUUCCUUGAAAUCUAAAGAGAUUCUUUUAGCGUAAAUAUUUAAUAUUUAAAGGUUAGGUUGUCGUAGGUUACAUCUUAGUAUAAAAACUUUACUUUGCACUGUUGUUUGUUAAAAUAAGUUGUUGUUGAAUAUUAUCGAGACUGCUGUUGAGAGUUUAUUCUUAGUUAAAUAAACAAUCAUGAAUUACAAAGAGGAACAGUAUGAUGAAAUCGAGGCAUUGGAGUCUAUUUAUUGCGGAGAACUUGAAGUUCUAGAAACUGAACCUUAUCACAAGUUUGCAAUCAUAAUAAAAUCUGAGGAGUACGAGCCAGAAACAGAAAAUGGAUUAGCAUGUACUCUGGAAUUCACAUACACAGUAAAUUAUCCAGACGAACCUCUUAUUAUUUCAAUUGAGGAAACAGAAAAUUUAGAGGAAGAGGAUACUGAAAAACUAAUGCAUGAUUUAGAACAAGUUAUGAAUGAAAGUUUGGGAACUGUAAUGGUUUUUACCUUAGUUAGUAUAGCACAAGAUUGGUUGAAUCUUCAGUGGGACAAAACAAAGUUUAGCAGAGAAGAAAAUGCUGCUAGAAAGUUGAAGGAAGAAGAGGAAGCUGAAAGAAAAAGGUUUGAAGGUACAAGAGUCACAGUUGAAACAUUUCUCAAGUGGAAAGAAAAGUUUAAUGAAGAAACAGGAAUAAACAAGAGAAGAGAGCUAGCUGAAAAAGAGGGCAAAAAACUUACUGGACGAGAAUUGUUUAUGACGGACAAAACUCUAGAUCAGUCUGACCUUAAGUUCCUGGAUGAUGGUGAUGCAGUCAAAGUAGAUGAGAGUUUGUUUCAAAAUUUGGAUGAUCUUGACUUGGAUGAUGAAGAUGACAAUGAUGAUCCAGAUUAUAAUCCAGGUGCUACCGAUAAUGACAGUUCAUAAACAUGAAAACUGCGAUUC